CCGGCACGCUCGGGGGGCCCGCCCGUCCUGCACCCUGGAGCGCCCGGCCGCGAGCCUCUGCCAACUCCUCUGGCUCCUCGUGGCUGCGUGCAGCGGCUGCCGCGCCUUUGCACCCGAGGGAGGAUCCUUGCCGCUGUGUUUGCCCAGUAACUCUGGCUGUGCCGCGUACCCCUUGGGUAAAACGGGCACCCCAGGAACAUGGCAGACGAAGACCUCAUCUUCCGCCUGGAAGGCGUUGAUGGCAGCCAGACAUUUCGGUCUGGUCCUGAUGGCAAUUCUGAUGCAGACAGCGAUGAUGAGGAAGGUUACUUCAUCUGCCCCAUCACUGAUGACCCCAGAUCUAACCAGAAUGCCAAUUCCAAGGUUAAUAACUACUACAGCAACCUAACAAAAAGUGAGCAGUAUGGAUCCCCAGCAAGUUCCUUCCACUUUAAGGAAGCCUGGAAGCAUGCAAUCGAGAAGGCCAAACACAUGCCCGACCCCUGGGCUGAGUUCCACCUCGAGGACAUUGCCACAGAAUGUGCCAUACGUCACAGGUACAACGCUGUCACGGGGGAGUGGCUACAAGACGAAGUUCUGAUCAAGAUGGCAUCUCAGCCCUUUGGCCGUGGAGCGAUGAGGGAGUGCUUUAGGACGAAGAAGCUCUCCAACUUCCUGCACACCCAGCAGUGGAAGGGGGCCUCCAACUACGUGGCAAAACGCUACAUCGAGUCUGUGGGCAGGGACGUGUACUUUGAGGAUGUGCGUCUACAGAUGGAGGCCAAGCUCUGGGGGGAGGAGUAUAACCGGCACAAGCCCCCCAAGCAGGUGGACAUUAUGCAAAUGUGCAUCAUCGAGUUGAAGGAGAGACCUGGUAAGCCCCUUUUCCACCUGGAACACUACAUUGAGGGCAAGUACAUCAAGUACAACUCCAACUCGGGCUUUGUCCGCGAUGACAACAUCCGCCUGACGCCACAGGCCUUCAGCCACUUCACGUUUGAGCGUUCUGGCCAUCAGCUAAUUGUGGUGGACAUCCAGGGUGUGGGCGACCUCUACACUGACCCGCAGAUCCACACUGAGACAGGCACUGACUUUGGAGACGGCAACCUCGGCGUUCGGGGCAUGGCCCUUUUCUUCUACUCGCAUGCCUGCAACCGGAUCUGCAAGAGCAUGGGCCUGGCACCAUUCGACCUCUCGCCAAAGGAGAGGGACACCGUGAAUCAGAACACCAAGCUGCUGCAAUCAGCCAAGACCAUCUUGAGGGGGACUGAGGAAAAAUGUGGGAGCCCCCGAGUAAGGACCCUUUCUGGGAGCCGGCCCCCCCUGCUCCUUCGCCUUUCAGAGAACUCUGGAGAUGAGAACAUGAGUGAUGUGACCUUUGACUCUCUGCCUUCUUCACCGUCUUCAGCCACACCGCACAGCCAGAAACUAGACAACCCCCAUUGGCCGGUGUUCGGCGACCUUGAUAACAUGGCACACAGAGACCAUGACCAUCUGGACAACCAGCGGGACUCUGAGAACAGUGGGGACAGCGGAUACCCUAGUGAGAAGCGGGGUGAGCUGGAUGACCCCGAGCCCCAAGAACACGGCCACUCAAAUGGUAAUCGGAGGUACGAGUCUGACGAAGACAGCCUGGGCAGCUCCGGACGGGUUUGUGUGGAGCAGUGGAAUCUUCUCAACUCUUCCCGCCUCCACCUGCCGAGACCUUCGGCUGUGGCCCUGGAAGUGCAAAGGCUUAAUGCUCUGGACCUUGAAAAGAAGAUUGGGAAGUCCAUUUUGGGGAAGGUCCAUCUGGCCAUGGUGCGGUACCAUGAGGGCGGGCGCUUCUGUGAGAAGGACGAGGAGUGGGACCGUGAGUCGGCGGUCUUCCACCUGGAGCACGCGGCUGACCUGGGCGAGCUGGAGGCCAUUGUGGGCCUGGGGCUCAUGUACUCGCAGCUGCCUCACCACAUCCUGGCUGACGUCUCUCUGAAGGAGACAGAGGAGAAUAAAACAAAAGGAUUCGAUUACUUACUAAAGGCAGCUGAAGCUGGUGACAGACAGUCAAUGAUCCUGGUGGCACGAGCUUUUGACUCUGGCCAGAACCUCAGCCCAGACAGGUCCCGAGACUGGUCAGAAGCCCUGCACUGGUACAACACUGCGCUAGAGACCACGGAGUGUGAUGAGGGCGGUGAAUAUGACGGGAUGCAAGACGAGCCUCGGUACAUGCUGCUGGCCAGGGAGGCUGAGAUGCUGUUCACAGGUGGCUUCAGGCUGGAGAAGGAUCCCCAGAGAUCAGGCAACUUGUACACUGAGGCAGCCGAAGCAGCCAUGGAAGCCAUGAAGGGCCGCCUGGCCAACCAGUACUACCAGAAGGCAGAGGAAGCCUGGGCCCAGAUGGAGGAAUGACUCACCAGCAAAAUCACUGCCGGCUGUCCCAAGCAAAAGGGCUAGAAGGGAGAAAAACAAAACAACAACAAUAAAAAGACAUUUAGUUUGGGGAAGGGGAGAUAUUUUUAGUAUAUGUUGUAAAUCUACUUUUGUAUUUCAUAUUUUGACUCUCGAAAAUGUCUUUGCUACUGGCAAAGACUACUGCUGCCCUUUAGGGCAGCAUUUUGGGGAAGUGGGGAAUGAAAAUGAAGCCUAAUGAACCAACAUAUGAUUUUGAGUUUGUUGGUUUUUUUUUUUUUUUGGUCAUGAGACAUAAAAAAGUGCGUUUCUGCCUUGGAUGGAAAAUAUUAGGGCUUUGCUCACCAGCCUAUUCAGGCUGGACUGAAAUCUCAGGCCCACAAAGCCCUGUGUUUCCUGAGUCAAAACGAGGAAUAGAGCGCUGCACGUUAACUUUUGGAAACCGCAUGGCAUCUUCCCAUGGAUAUUAGAUUGUAUAAUACCCAGGUACCCUCUGCCAUGGGGGAGGGGCCCUUACACUGACCGCUUACUAACCUUUUAAUUUCCUUCCUACAAUGCUACAGAUAUUCUGGGAUACAGCCAGAUAACUUUUUUUUAAAGCAUGCUUUCUGCAGUGGGCUUUACUAAAGAGGUUUGAUUUUGGUAUGCACGCAUUUACUACCUCUAACCCCUACAUCAGCUAGUGUGGAAGUGGGUGCACCUCAGCUUACACGUGGAAGGACAGUGGCUUGGAAUGUUGGAGUCUUUCCUCCCAGCAGACGCCUUCUGUGCAUCUCAGGGGCUGCAUGCACAAUGUGACUGAAGCGUCCUUUGUACAGUACUCUUCAGUGUUGUCGUAGCAUCUGAUGUUCUGUAGUAUCUGUCCCCAGCCCUCAUCCUUGACCUUUUCUGCUUGAAGCUAUGCUGAUUUUGUUGUCCUCUGCAGCCAGAUGCUUUCAGCAGCAGCCCCUUGAGGUUUAUCUAUGAUGUCUGAGAAUGAGAGGGCAAGAACUGUAAACACUCAUUAAUUCUAGUAGUUUCCCCAGGGCCAGGCUGUAGUUAUCCUUAACUCAGUGAGCCUUCCCUUUAAAAGGAGUUCAGAUCUAAUGUUAGCGUGCUUUCAAUUCAGUGUUUCAAACAGCAAAGAAAACAGACUGCAUUGAUCAACCCCAAGAGCUAAAGAAGCCGCUCUUUAUGUAAAAAUCAAAACAUAAAAAAGCAGAGUGUAACAUACAGAUCAUUCUUAUCUAUGCACUAAAAUAGGUCCUUCAACCCUUUAGCGUUAAGUGCUAUGGAGUUAGGAACCCGUGCGAGCAUUUGUUUCCAAAGUCCAGAGCGUGCCCCUAAGGAAAUAAUCAAGCAGAGUCAAGUUUACUCUUGAAAAAUCGUAUAUACCCAUCAAUAACAGUAUUCCUGGUUUGUAUAUGGACUCAUCACAGGCAGUUUUCCUCUGGAAGUUAGAACUGAUCACCCUGUCUUCACCUGCACCAGAUCAAGUGGUUGGCUUGUGUCAAAUGUUUUGUUUUUGUGUGUGUGUUUUUUAAACCAGUUUAUAUAGUUAAAUUGCAUAUGUUAAAUGUACAUAAAAAGCAACUUUAUUGUGAUUUGUCUCUUCAAAGUAAUCUAGCCUCAUAGUGAUUCAUGCGUUUUUAUUGUUGAUUUACUAAGCCUCCUCUCUCUCUGAGAUUUUAUUACAUGAAUUGUUGGUGUGCCCUAGUCAUCUGCCUAAUUUCUUAAUUAUAUAUCAACUCUUUUCUCUAACCCAGAGGAGGUCAGCAAACUUUUUUUGUAAAGGGCCAGAUAGUAAAUAUUUCAGACUUUGCUGGCCAUAAGGUCUCUGUCGACAACUCUGCCCUUUGUAGUGCAAAAGCAGCCAUUGACAAUUUGUAAACAAAUGAGGUUGGCUGAGUUCCAAUAAAACUUUAUUUAUAAAAACAGGCGGGCUACCUGGUCUGUGGUUGCCAACCCCUGAGCUACCAUAUUAAGCUCUGAGGGCAGAAGCUAUCUCAUCUUUCUGGCCUCCAGGGCUCAAAAGCACAGCACCUUGGCACAGAGUCAUCCGACGUGUGAACAGAGAGCCCUGAUCACUGCACUGUCUUUAAGGCUGUAGUUCCUCCAACCAGUUAGUGAUUCAUUUUGGGGAUUAGCUUGAACCAUCACUUCUACAAUUCCCACUCCACCCACCCACAUGGCCUUUAAUGUUAGUAGGCGGUCCCCUUCUCCUCCAGGAGGCUGGAAUGUCCUGGAUGUAUAACUAAGCAAAGGCUUCUCUAAGAAUCAUUGAGAGUGAAAAAAACGAGCUUAAAAGAUGUUGAGAUCCUUCUGAGCCAGCAGAAUUUACUCCACCUUCAGAACCUAAUUUCAGGCCUUCAAAGGUAGGGAGCCAUGGUGGCCCAGUGGUUAAGAGCUUGGCUGUUAACCAGAAGGUCGGCGGUUCGAAUCCACCAGCCACUCUUUGGAAACAUUGUGAGGAUAGUUCUGCUCUGUCCUAUAAUAUCUCUAUGAGUUGGAGUCAACUUGAUGGCAUAGGUUUGGUUUUUGAAAAUUUUUUUUGAAAGCUGGUUAGGCCAUCUUUUUCCACAAAGCUGGGUAUGCCAAAAAAUACCCCAAGACAUUCAGCCCAACUGGAAAGACAUCCAAGACUAUUUUCAAGUGCAAGAGCAGGUGAAGGUCCAGGAGAUUAGCAGAGAUGGGGAUAUAGUCCAGGAGUACCUUCAUUCACAGAUGGGGCAACUGAGAUUCUGAAGACUAGAUUGACUUUCACAGUGACACGGCUAGUUAGUAGCUAAGAUGGAAUGAAGGUUUAAGAGCUGCUGUUAUUUAGAGAAUCCUGGAAAUAGAAUUUAAGUUUCAACUGGAGUUUCAUGGCCCCUUUCAGUGUUGCUACAGACAAAAGAAAAAAAGCAGGCUGUUCAGAUAAAAGAAAGAAAAAAAGGAACCCAAACCUCAGUGCUUCUGAAUAUCCUUAUUUUCCCUUCACCUGAUGCACUGUGGAAAUUUAUCGCUAAAUGCAACCUUGACGAAUCAAGCCAAGACUGCCCUUGAAAACAGCAAUUUUUGUGUCUUCAUUUCCUUUCAUCCCAGCACAUUUGUCUGCAGUAUCAGAUAUGUUUUACAAAUCAGUGAAUGUUUACACAAUUCUAUGCAGCUUACGUGGGAGAAAGGAGACACAGUAUGCACGCUCCCUGCAAAGACUUGUGCCUGUUUGUUGGUCUUGCCUCUGAGGUAACUGGUCUACCUGGACAUGGGGGAGGCUGGUGGAACCCCAGAGAAACUGUUUGCAUUACAGAUUUAUUUUUGCAUAUGUAUUCAAUUCCAUUUCCUCUUUCCAAAUAAAGUGGUUUCUUUCCUUCUUGUCUCAAA